AAGGCCGGAUCAGUAGCUAACAUUAGAGAGGGAAACUCGCAGCAAACUUGAAAAAGGUCAAUCGACCACAUCAGAAGCAGGACAAUAUUCUACAAUCAACAGUUAUUUUGUGAUAUAUCUAGAUUCUUGUUAGGAAAUCACCAGUACAAUCAUUUGGAACAAGCCACGUGGAUAAAGGUUGGCAUCAUGUCUCAGAAGCAGAUAUAUUACUCUGACAAAUACGAUGAUGAGAAAUUCGAGUAUAGGCACGUGAUGCUGCCCAAGGACAUUGCCAAGCGUGUGCCCAAGACCCAUCUGAUGUCUGAGACUGAGUGGAGGAACCUGGGCGUCCAGCAGAGUCAAGGCUGGAUACACUACAUGAUCCAUCAACCAGAGCCCCACAUCUUGCUGUUCCGUCGUCCACUGCCUGCAGCCUGAUCUCUCGGACAAAGGGCGAGAGAGAACCCAUAGGGAAGAAGAUAAGAGGGUGGCUGGAGAUGGUUGAACACAACUCGGUUGGAUGGAUAUAGACUAUUUUGUAAAUACUGCAUGGUAUACAGUGGAGCCAGAGUCGACCUCCAACCCACUGCUUCACUCACUGUAAAGCCUUUCACAUUUCCUCUGGACCUGCUUGGAACCCUUUCAUAUUUUUCUCUAUAUGUACUAGCCUGAUAAUGUUGUCAAUGUUCAUAUUUUUCUCUAUAUGUACUAGCCUGAUAAUGUUGUCAAUGUGUGCGUCUGGGAAGAAAAGGAAAAUCUGAGGUUUUAGCAACACAUUUUCAUUAUUCUAAACUUUAACCCACAAUACCUGCUGUGAGUUGACUAACAUAUCUAAUUUUAAGGCAGAUAGUAAGAUGGUAAAUGUUAAAAUGCAGGAGGUGGCAUUUUGGCAGCACAAAUGUGCAGGGAUGUUACCGAAAUUACGGAUCAUAUACCUGUUAUGGCACUUGAUUCAAACUUAUUUUGAUUACCGCAGCUUGCAUCAAGUGUAUGCACUCUUACAUUGUACAAAUGAUAGCCCUCUGGAUAUUGUUAAAAGGAAAAAAAGUUUUUUUUUAUAAUUUUUGAAAUUUUAUAAAUCGUGACCUGCUGCAGUUAUACUGUAGACUGUCUGCAUUUUUAGAGCUGUCCAAAUGGGACCCAAUAUCUUCGUUGCCAUGUCUAUGAUUGUACAAAUCAGCUGCUCAGUUUUUAUGAAUUCUUUUACACAGAAAUAAAUGUUUUAAUUUGA